AUGCUCUGGUUCGCGGUGGGCUGUAUUUCUAUUGCGCUGAACGCUGUCCUUAUGCAGCAGCUGAUUUCCAGAGGAGUCAGGUGUGAUCCUUGGCGGAAUCCCGACGAAACAGGGUGGCCUGAAAGCUCGCUGGCGAGUGAGAUUGCCGAGCUGGCUGCUCGCGAGAUUACAGAGUUGGGGCAGCUGUUUUUCCGCCAAAAAGUCAGUGAGUUGUUGAUGGAAAAAGCAGUGCAAGAAGAGAUGGGUUUUACCAGCCAAGAUUCGAAGAAGGAACACCCUCUGGUAGGCUUGGCAGUAGAGCUGCUUAGUGUGGUGAUCCAGCCAGAGGAGGUUGUGAACGAGCGUUUGAGUCCUUCUACUGUGAAACGCUUGAAGGAACGCGUUGAUGAGCAUGGCGCGGUUGUCAUCAAAGGCCUCCACCAACCGAUGGAAUGUCGCUUGGCAGCCGAGUUUGUUCAUGCAGAGAUCUUGUCGCCGUGGGCAACCUUCAGCAACAUACGGGACAACAAGUAUCGCAAGGAUUAUGCCCUGCCGAUGAGGGGAUCUGCGUUGGAGUUGUUGAACAAGACGUUGGCAAUUUUGGACCCCCUGUUCACAGCGACUUUAGGCCCGAACUCAAGCUUGGUGGAGUUCUCAUCCUUGACAACCUAUUCUGGUGCAGGCCCCCAGAUAUUUCAUUCGGAUUCAAGUGCCGCCUCAAUAAAGGAGCUGCGUUCUUUGGGUCGCAUGUUCUCCGCAUUCAUUUACCUUGAUGAUGUCCGACCCGAUUCGGCUCCACUAGAUGUCGUGCCAGGCACGCACACGCAUUAUCAGUUUUUGGACGAUGAAGAAAAGGAUUUGAUGACCAGCGUGCCCUUUGCACGUUUAGCUGUACCACAAGGGACAGUUGUGAUUUACGAUUCGCGUACCUUGCACCGUGGAGCGGCGAACACAUCCCCGUAUGCACGACCAACGAUUUACUUCUCUCUCGCUGAGCGGGGCAAGUUUAUUCCCAUCGGCCCUGCGUAUUCGCUUCGCGAGGGAUAUCGGCGCUUCCCGAUUUCGAUUCAGAACAUCAGGACGAACACAAUACCUACGGAAGUAUUGGCAGAGGGGGUGAGUGUUCACAGUGAUGAGAAGUGCAAAGAUCAGCUGCAGCAUCUCUGCCCGGUUGACAGCUUUCAGGGAGAUCCUGAUCGUCGCUUCGAUUGCGCCUGGUAUUAUUUUACUGGCGAGGGGGAGUCGCAUGACGCCCGACGCCUCAGCAAGUCGCAGCCCCUCGAGUUUACAGACCGACCUGGCGUGAAGGAGGGUUACGAGGACAGUGACGAGGAUGAGCUCGCAGCUGACAGGGAGAAGCUCCGAGAUCAGGAGGGGAAGUUUGAUUUCGAGGCUGCCCUGGCUAUGACGCUGCGAAGGGGCGGGGCCUAUC